GCGGAAGUGUGCAUGGUGUAAACAACGAGUCAUCAAGUAGUGUUGAGAAUGAACCACCGUUUGAAGUGAUAGAGUGUUUUUUCAAAAGUAACAAAUCGACGUGUUGAGGAUGGCGCAGUGUCGUUAGUGAUAUUUUAAAUUAGAGGGUGCGGGUUGUGUGUAAACAGCAUCAUGCCUUAUCUGGGCAGUGAGGACACGGUGAGGGAGCUGAGGAGAGCACUGUCCAACCCCAACGUCCAGUCUGACCAGCUGCGCUACAGGAACACCAUCCUCAAAGUCAUCAGGGCGAUGUCACAGGGUGUGGAUGUAUCAGGUCUGUUCAGUGAGAUGGUAAAAGCGUGUGCCACAGUAGACAUAGUCCAGAAGAAACUGGUCUACGUCUUCCUGUGUUCCUAUGCCACUUUAAACCCUGAGCUGUCUCUGCUGGUCAUCAACACACUGAGGAAAGAUUGUCAGGAUCCAAACCCCAUGGUCCGCAGCCUGGCCCUGAGGAACAUGACCAACCUCAGGUUACCCAGUCUGGUGGAGUACGUGGAGCAGCCUCUGACAGCAGGACUGAGGGACAGAGCAGCUUGUGUACGACGAGUGGCCGUGCUCGGCUGGGCCAAACUGCACAACCUCCAACCCAACUCUGAGAUAGAUGCUGCAGUGGUGAAUGAGCUGUACAGCCUGCUAAGGGACCCAGACCCAGUGGUGAUGGUGAACUGUCUUCGAGCUCUGGAGGAGAUCCUGAGGGAGGAGGGAGGAGUCGCUAUUAAUAAACCUAUCACCCACCACCUCCUCAACAGGCUCAAGGAGUGUGAUGUUUGGGGUCAGUGUGAGGUGCUGAGGAUCCUCCAGCGCUACCGACCUCAGUCAGAGGACGAGCUGUUUGACAUCCUGUCCCUGCUGGAUGCCGCCCUGGUCAGCCCCCACCCCCCAGUCAUGGCCGCCACCCUCAGCCUCUUCCUAAGCCUCUGCUCCAGCCUGCCUGCUGUCAGUCUGGCAGCCCUGGAGCGAGUCCGGGGACCCCUGCUGGCUGCCUGUGGGAGCGUGUCCAGAGAGAUGAGGUUCACUGCCCUCUGCCACAUACAGUUGCUCUUGCGUUCCCUCCCUGGCCUGAUGGGGGCGCACUACAAACGUUUUUUCUGCGGGUAUGCAGAGCCAGCCUACAUCAAGCAAAGGAAGAUGCAGGUGCUGGUUGAGCUGGUUAAUGAUGAGAAUGUAGCAAUGUUACUGGACGAGCUGAAAGGAUACUGCACUGAUGUCAACACUGACACUGCCCAAGCUGCAAUCUCAGCUAUAGGUCGUAUUGGACGGAGCUACAGCGACAGGUGUCUGGAGAUACUUACUGGACUGCUCGGGCUCAAACAGGAGCACAUCACUUCUGCGGUGGUGCAGACAAUGCGUGACCUGGUCUGGGUGUGUCCUCAGUGUAGCGAAACUGUGUGUUUGGCUCUGGAGGGCUGCGAGGAGACGCUGCAGGAUAGCCAGGGCAGGCAAGCCUUGCUGUGGUUGCUAUCUGUGUACGGGGAGCGAGUCUCCAACGCCCCCUACACGUUGGAGGUGUUCAUUGAUGGAGUGAGGAGCGAGACCUCUCUGGGAGUCAAGAUGGAGCUGCUGACAACUACCAUGAGGCUGUUUAUGUGCCGGCCUGCUGAGACACAAGACAUGCUCGGAAGGCUACUGCACUACUGCAUAGAGGAGGAGACUGAUAUGUGCGUGCGUGACCAAGCGCUUCUCUACUACCGCCUGCUGCAAUGUGGAAUAGAGGAGACACGAAAGGUCCUCCAGGGUCGGAGGUCAGACCCUUCCCUGGGUGUUCUUAUUGGCCGCCCCGCAGAGCCCAUCAGCCAAUGGGCAAGCAGCUUCAACACUCUAGAGCCUCUGAGGCAGGGCACCGUAGAGACAGAGUCAGCCAGCAGAGGAAGCCCUGAACAUGCAAGCUUUGACCCCAAGCCAAACACUGACCUCUCAGACACACUGGACUGUAGCCAAAUUGAGAGAGUGCAUUCAGCGUCCUAUCAUUCUUCCUCUCUUCGUCCUCCCAUGUCUUCUUCAGGCUCAGACAGUACCAGUGGGUGUACAGACUCCUCUGCUGAUGUCCUGGCUUCCAGUGUCGCUGUCCCUCUCAGUUUGUCCCUCUCCCCAGCUCUCAGCCCAGAGGAGUUUGAGCGUCUUUGGCUGCAGCGACUGGCUCUGCAUGCUGAGCGAGGUGCGGAGAAACUAGAAGAGGAGGAUUAUAUUUGCUUUGAAGAACGCAUCCACUGCCCUGCGAUACCUCAGUGUUCACCACAAAGUCUUCAGGCUGCGAUGCAGCUGGUCAAUAUCCAGACAAUGGCCUUCACACCACCGCACACACUCCCCUGGAGGGUCUACCUGUACACACACACACAGCAAGGACACUCUGGUGACACACCCCACAGCACACUCAUACUUGGGGAGCUGCUGUACACUGGAGAGGGAAAUCAGAGGAGAGUAGUUACAAAAGGCAUAGAUGGUGGAGAAGUGGUAGAGGGCAGUGAAGAGGAGCUGGUGAAAGAGGGAGAGGAAGCUACAGCUUAUGGACUGAGCAGGAGGGAGUCAGCGAGAAAAGAUGGAGAAGAGCAGGAUGUAAAAGUGACUCUUAAGCAGCAACCAAGAGAUGACAAAGCUCUGAAGGGGUUUCUCUCUAUCCUUACCACUGUGCUGCACACAUUGUCCUCAGAGAGAAAUUAAAUAUGCAUUACACCAACACAUGGUGUACUUCUAAAGAAGACGCUCACUGACCACAUUCAUUUCCUAAUCAUAUCUGUAAAAUAGCUCCUAAGACAGUGGUUCUUAACCUUUCUCAUGCCAUAGACCUCUGAAUUGAUACACAUGGGUUAAUGGACCCCCAUUUGAUAAGAUUUUGCUUCAGGAACCCCCAUUUGAAAAGAUGGCGGCAUCGAUGUGACCUUUUAAUGAUGUGUUAUGUAUGUGACCCUCCCUCAGGAGAUUUAAAAAGUAGCUGUUAGCAGAUAGCAACUAACUUGAAGAGGAAAAACAGCAGCCGAUAAUGUCCACGAACUGGAAGAACAAUGAGGUCCAGGAGCUCCUCACUCUCUGAGCAGAGGACGAGAUCAGCUGCCAUACAACAGGGACAGUAAAUGAUUGUUCUUGUCAUGUUAUGCCUUUGUUAUUGUUUGUGAAGCGCUGCUGACAUGUAUGUUUUAUGUCACACGCCCGUCACUCCUCUUUUGCUUCAGCGAUGCAGGCAUGCUUCCUAAAAUCAAACACUGGAGCCGCAUGAUGCUGCUGUCAUUUGGUUCUGUGUAAAAAUACAAAGGCAGCAUAAAGAAGGGACUUCGUUGCAUUGUCUUAGUUUCACUUCCAUACGAAGUUGACUGUGGGAGGACAGUAAGCUCUCCCUCCAGCCGUCCCAUUGGGGACUGAUGCAGACCCUCAACAGUACUAUGAAUAGAAUCGCAUCUGCGUGACCGCAGCUGUCCACAGACAUUCAAUGCAGAAAGUUUGUCAAGCCGUUAAGACUCUAACCUACGACACAGUGGAGCACAAAGGCUCCGGAGAAGAAGCUGAGUUAGUGACAUGCAGUACAGCCAAGUUAGCGAGAUGCACUGGAUGACAGUGAGUAAAUGAAAUGUUAGAGAUUUGAUCGUUAAGGGAUGUUGAUGUCAUUAGGGGUACGCACACAUUUCCCACCCAACACAAAAAAAAUGAUCACAAUACUAGGACAGAGAACUGGAAAAAUGCACCAGUGCAGCAGUGAUGACUUGGGUCUGUCUCAACCUUCCAUCAGCAGAGUGAUCACACUGACUAUGAUACUUUCACAGUCAGCAGUUCAUUUCAUUUCCAUUGGGUGUCCACACCUUAUAUGCUCACAGAAGGGUGUGUCUCUGACAACUAAUCUAUUGUAUAUCUAUUGUAUGUUUGGUAUUGUGUUGUAUUGUAUGUUCUGUGUUGUGGGUGCAGCAUGGGCGAAUGGCCCAGAACAAAUGUCUCACUUUGUGAGACAAUAAAGUUAAUCUUGAAUCUUGAA